UCUGUACUCAGGUUGCAAUCAGAAAUUUCUCUAUUGAUUAUGAAAGAACUGGUUCCACAGUAUCUUCAAGAAAAUGGAAACGAGAGGCUGGAUUAUUUGGAAGAUGGAAAAACUAUUUUUAAAUUGCAAUUAAGGCUUUGCUCAUCUUUUUACCCAAUUAAUGAGCGCAUAUGGGAUUUUUUUCUUGAAUACGAUAGACACACUCUUCGAACAAGUCCUCCAUGUGGUUCUGAACUUUUGGAGGGCGGUCAAUAUUGGAGCAACUGCUUUUGCUUUAGUUACAGACACAGCAACAACAAUAUUUGGAGAAACUGGUGUUAGUGUAGCAACUGGAGUGAUGACUGUAUGUAUAUAAAAAUUCUAUCCUCUUUAUGUGCCCCACAUACCCAACCUCCUUGUCUGCCUCUAUUCGUGCUUGUAUGUAACUCAUUGUGAAUUUGUAGUAAAUUAGAGUAAAAGGUUUAAAUUUGUUUCAAGAUGAAUCUCUUUAAGUUAGCUCCUGAGUUGUAGAGUUCGCUAUUGCAAAGUUGUGUAUUUCCUUUGUAAACAAUAAAGGAAGAAUGAAUAAGAAAUCAUGUUGGGUAACUCUAAUAGACUGCAGAAUAAUCA